AUGAAUUAUGGAGCCAAUCCGGUGGUUUACGAUCAGAGACAGCUGGCGCCAGUCGCUCCGACAGGUUAUAACCAGCAAAUGCUGAGUACCGCUCCUCAAUAUCCGCCGGGGCAGGCCCCAGCGAAGGAGAUCAAAGAGGUCAAGCAAGAAAGCGGACAGACGCUGAGACUGGGAUACCCGUUCUUGCCACAUCACAACCCAUUCGAUUUCAACUCAUAUCCCAUCACUAAUCCCCCUCUUUUCGAUCUGACGAUGAAUUUACCUUACGACACCCCUGACAAGGUCCACCGCCGCCGACGCAUUUCAAUCUCCAACGGUCAAAUCAGUCAAAUCAUGAAUCACGAAGCGAUUUUCGAUUAUGAUGGUGUAGAUGACCUGCCACCUCAAGCACCUAUACAGGUGCCAGCCGUUGCCGCCCCUCACCAACAAUUUCAAAACUUCAAGGGGUUUGAAGCUUCUCAAAUAGCGCAGGCGCAGGCCCAAGCACAAGCACAAGCUCAAGCUCAGGCACAGACACAGGCCCAGGCUCAAUCUCAAACCCAAGGUCAUAUACAAUCACAAGCUCGAUUUCCUCAGGCUUUUCCUCCGUCGAACCAUCUCGUGGAUCUGCAGAAUAAUCAACUGGCACCUGCGGUUGUAUCCGGGCAACACGCCUCCGAGGUAACCCCCUUGGCACCCACCAUACCUACUCCACUUGCCACGGGGGAUAACCUGACACCUCUAGCUGCCGGCGUGCCUCCUAAUAAUCAUCAGUUGAUUUAUAACGAUGAAGUGAUUUUCAAUCCUAACAACGGCCCCAUACCUGGAACAGCGGCAUGGAAAAAGGAGCGUCUUCUAGAGCGUAACCGUAUUGCUGCAUCGAAAUGUCGUCAACGUAAGAAGCAAGCGCAGUUGGAUUUACAGAACAAUGUCAAUAAAAUUGAGAAGCGCUUGAAUGCCGAAACCAAGCGUGCUGAUGAUGCUGAACGUCAACUUAAAGAAUAUAACGAGGCCUUGGCCGUAUACUUUGAGACUCAAGAUCCCAGCCACUUGGAACGAUUACGCAAUAAAGUCACUUCCUUCUAUCGGUAA